AUGAAAGUUAUACCAUCCAGGGUUUCGAAUACUGAGUCCUUUAUGGAGGACGUCGAAAUUACAGACAUCAUUGUGAACUUAUAUGAUAAGGAUUCAAAUAUCAACAUGGAGGAAGGGAUGCAUAAUGUUGAAAUAACAACUGUUACCAUAAAUAUUGAAACUUCUAUUAUUCCUCAACCACAACCAACUUCUCCACCACCUAAAUUAGUUGCCCCAUCUUCGUAUACUACUGCUAUUUCUCUAACUUUUGUUGGUAUAAUGCAAGAACCUAUAGCUACACUUUUCUCUUCUCAAUCUACAGAUCAUGAGAAAACCAUUACUGAAGCUGAAGCAUAUGAAGAUGAUGUCUUGGUUUCCUUUUUUGAGUUGCAAUUCAAUCCUGAUGAAGAAGAUAUACCUGAUUAUUUGAUCAUGUCGGGUAAGCAAUUCAAGAUUCUAAACAUUAAGAUGAAAAUGAUACUUCAAUUUUUGGUUGACACUAGAACCAAGAAUUCAGUUAGUGGUGUUGAAGUGGAAUAUAUUUUCAAGUCCCAAGAGUCUUGA